AAGGUGCUGUCAUUUAAGAGACGAAAGAAGACAUUGAACUUCACCCUUUAUCACAAGAUUAUCAAUUCUCCUUCAUUUUGAACAAUGAAAUUUUUUCGUUUUAAAACGUUCCUUUGCCUCACAAUCUUAGGUGCUACUAUAAUCACCUUUCUGACCAUUAUUUUACAUGACAAGGAAAGAAACCGAUGGAAGCCCAAAGGGCACGGAGAAAGAAGUAGACUAUUUUCUGCUGAUCAAAAUGCAAGCUUUGGAGAAAGAGUUAAUUCAAAAAUACUUGAUAAAGAGAGGUCUGGAAAUCUCCAAGUGGACCUCAACCAGGCCAUCAAUGAAAAGAAAAGUCAGAAUGAUUCACAAAAAGCCAUUACACUCAGGAGAAAACCCAUAUCUCUUUCAGCAUCACACUUAAAAAAAAAAUUAGAGGACUGGAAUGCCUUCUUCGAAAGAGUGCCAUUUAGAAAAUUUUCUAGAGUAUUAACUACCAAAUUGCCUCACAAUGCAAGGACUUUUAAGGAUAUUCCAUCAACCCGUCGUAUUUCCAUGACUACAAGGCGUUCUUUGAAGAGGAGCGAUUUUACUGCCGAGCCAAUGUGGGAAUUUGAUGACAAUUAUAUUCUGGACACAUUAUCCAGGCAAACAAGCUGUCCGAUAUCUGUGAAAAUAAAGGCUAUGAACUCUUUGUGGCUGAAGGAGAAAUUUCUUCCACAAAUUACAAUUUUUAUGGAUAAUCGUCAUUUCAGUAAUCAAGAGUGGCAGAGACUGGAACAUUUCAUUCCUCCAUUUGGCUGGAUGGAAUUAAACUACACAGAUGUUAAGGAAAUAGUCUCUGCUCUCCCUCAUCUGCCUAAUCAGCAAAUCCUUCUUGAUGGCAACAAAAUUGAGGGCCCACAUUGUGUUAGCUGUGCUGUGGUGGGUAACGGGGGCAUAUUGAAUGGAUCACGUCUUGGUCAGGAGAUUGAUAACCAUGACUAUGUGUUUCGUGUAAAUGGAGCAGUAACUAAAGGAUUUGAGACGGACGUAGGGAACAGGACUUCAUUUUAUGGAUUUACAGCUCAGACUAUGUAUGCAUCACUUACACUGUUACAAUUUCAAGGUUUCUCCAAUAUCCCAAAGGAAAGGGAAACAAAGUACAUCCUUUACACUGAGGGACAGAGAGACUUUGAGUGGCUAGAAGCUCUACAAAAGAACAAAGAAGUCACCAGGGGAUCUCUAGAGUCAUACAGGAUCCGACCUCGGGAUUAUUUUGGGAAAUAUUUUAACACAAGUAAGCUACUGAUUGCCCACCCGGACUUCAUGAGAUACAUAAAGAACAGGUUUUUGCGAUCUACCACAUUGAAUGGAACUUAUUGGAAUUUAUACAGGCCAAGUACAGGCGCCAUGCUUUUGCUGACUGCAGUUCAUCUGUGUGAUACAGUUAGUGCAUACGGUUUCAUGACGCACGAUUACAAAAACUAUUCUGAUCAUUACUACGACAAAGAUAAAAAGGAAACUACUCUAUACAUUAAUCAUGACUUUCUAUUGGAAAGAAACCUGUGGAGGCACCUGCAUGGGGAAAAUAUAAUUAAGCUCUACCUAAGGAAAUAAGAAUCAAAUCAAUCUUCUGGUGUAUUCAGCAGAACACCAACAGUAAAUCCUUGGAAGAUGGCAAAAUUACUCUUGCUCCAGAUCCUGAGUAGUGGACAUUGAAUUGUGAAGUCAUUAACUGUUAAGUACGAUAUAUUAAAUAAUGAUGGAAUAUGUAAAAAAAAUGGAUUUAAGAAUUUACUCUGGUUACCAUAACAACUUUAUCUCAGUUAAGUUGUUAUGUUGCCAGGAGGUCCCCAGGCGCACUCUAACCUCAAAGAGUUAAACCAUUCUCAAACAGUUUUCCCCCGAAAGUUACCUCCAGCGCCGAUCUCCAGGUCCCCCAGGCGGCAUUGUGCUACUAAAACUCAGCUACAGGGAUUAGCUCUGCAUCAAGAUGAGAAACAGCGUUUACAUUAUUUGAUACUUUAUUACAGUCUGAUCAUAUCUCCAGGGUUUUCUUAAGUCUCUAUUUUGUUUUGUUUGUUUCCAAUCAAGUUUUACUUAUUUUUCACUUAAAAGGUUAAUGGCUCCAAAUUUGACAGAGGUGUCUUUCUUUAUUCCCUUUCAGUACCCCACCUCCCCAUCCUAUAAGUAGCAUAGCAUGGUCUAAGAGUUGCUAGGAGAUAUUUUGAAAAACAGUAUUCUUUUAGCAUUCAAAGGAAUCUCUCAUUCUCUCACACUGCUGAGGACACUGAUUAACUGGCCUUCAGUUUAAUGCUCCUGCUAUUUAUUCAGCCUUCUCUGUUCUUACUUUCCUUUGCUCUUACAGUUGUAUUUUUCCUCUACAAUUUUAUCUUACUACAUCUCACUAAAUUGAUGUUUUCAGAACAGUUUUCUGCAAUACUCAUUUCUAUAAGAAUAAACUACUUUUGUUCUACAAUACCAGACACACCAGGUUGGAUUUAAAAGCAUUUUAAUGCAUUCCAUUACAAUAUAGAAAAUAAAUAAAUUGACUUAUACAUAUUUAAUAAUUUUGAUUUAUAUUAAAUUAAUGGGCAGAUUAUGUGUUAGAAUCCUGUACUGCACAUAUGCACAGUUACGGUCUAAACAGGACUUAGUGUGAGUUACACUCCUCAGUGGUACCGGAUUCUAUUUUAAAGAGACACUAUAGUUACCAAAACAACUGUAGCUUAAUUAAAUAGUUUUGGUGUACAGGCCAUAACCCUGCAAGCUCACAGCUCAAUUAUAUGCCUUUUAAGAGUUAAAUCCUUUUGUUUAUAAACCCUAUUCACACUUCCCUGCAUGUGACUUUAACAGCCUCCCUAACUAAACACUUCCUAUAAAGUAAGAUCGAAUGUUUACACUUCCUGUAUUGAAAAUUAUGUUUAAUUUAGAAUAUCUUAUCUACUGUUCUGUUAAUAGUUUGCUAGACACUGCAGGCGCCUCCUGUAUGUAAUUAAAGUUCAAUUUACAGAGCAGGGGACAAACAUGUUUACAGUAAGUCAC